AUGAAGACCACCGCCAUUCUUUGCCUGGCCGCUGGUGCCCUGGCUGCACCCACCCGUACCAUCGAGAGCCGUCAAUUCGGUGGUUCUGGCAGUGGUCUCGCUGGACUGGGAUCUGCCUUUGGUGGAAGCUCCGGAACCUCCAGUGGCCUGUCCAGCCUGGAGUCUGCCUUCUCUAGCCUUGGCUCGGGAAGCUCUACUUCCGGCGGUCUCGGUGCUCUCAGCUCCCUCAUUCCCAGCUUUGGAUCAGGAUCGACUGGAAGCCCUACCUCUGGUGGCCUUGAUGCCCUGGAGUCGGCCUUCAGUGGGAGCUCUGGCCUGGGCAGUUUUUUGAAGUCGCGCGCUUACACGAGCUCGAUCACCGCUAACGGCAUCACCGAUGGCGAUGCUUGCCAGGAGCUGACCUUCAUCUUUGCGCGUGGCAGUGAUGAGCUGGGUAACAUGGGCUCGGUGGUUGGCCCUGAAGUCGCUUCCCAGCUGAACACUCUGCUCAACGGUAAGGUCGUGGUGCAGGGGGUCACCUACGAUGCCACCGCUGAGAGCAACGUUGAGCUGGGUGCCAACGGUGGCCCCGUUAUGGCCAAGCUUGUCACGGAUGUCCUUGCCAAGUGUCCCAACACCAAGGUCGUCUUGGGUGGAUACUCCCAGGGUUCCAUGGUGCUUCACAACGCCAUGAGCAAGCUUAGCUCGGGCAAUGUUGCUGGUGCCGUUCUCUUCGGUGACCCCUUCAAGGCCCAGGCUGUCAGCAACAUUGACGCCUCCAAGGUCAAGGAGUUCUGUGCCGUCGGUGACCCUGUCUGCGAAAACGGUUUCAAUGUCAUGGCCCAUUUGAGCUAUGGCAGUGAUGCCUCCACAGCUGCUUCUUUCUUGGUCAAGGCUGCUGGUCUUUCUUAA